AUGGCCAAGCUCGCCGGCUCCGCCCUGGUGAGCUGGAAGACCGCCGCCGCCGCAACACUACUGUGCAUUUGGCUCGUCUGGAGCGUCAGUUUCCUGCGCCCACAGGCGGCAGACGGAGUCCUCUCCACGCUACCUGGGCUCGGCAAGGGCGGCGGCAGCAGCGACAGCGACAGCGACAGCGCGAGCGCGAACGCGAGCGAGCCUCAGGACAAUAUCGAUGACGACAGCCUGCGGCCUCUCGUGCUAUACACCUAUGCCGAGUCCGAGAAUGCGCGCGAAAAUUUCGCCUUCUUCAUCCGCAACGGCCUGCACGGCCGCGCCGACUUCGUCUUCAUCUUCAAUGGCGAGACCGACGCCUACACCAUGCUGCCCGACCUGCCCAACAUCCAAAUCGUCCAGCGCGAAAACAAGUGCUUCGACAUUGGCGCGCACGGGGAGGUGCUACGCCAGGACGACUUGUGGAAGAAAUACAAGCGGUUCAUUACCAUGAACGCGAGCGUGCGGGGGCCUUUUGCCCCGACGUACUUUCCGAGUUGCUGGAUGGACGCGUUCCUGGGCAAGAUCACCGACAAGGUCAAGCUCGUCGGCACGACCCUCAACUGCCACCCUCGAAUCCACCUUCAGUCGAUGCUCCUCGCGACCGAUGACAUCGGCAUGUCCAUCCUGCUCGACCCAGACCUCGCCCUCUCAGCCUCCGUCAACGACUUCUAUGGCACCAGUCUGGACCCUGUAGGCUUCACGCCGUGCUUUUCCUCGCUCAAGAAGGCCGUCCACGCCGAGAUUGGCAUCACGACCUUGAUCAAGUCCCAGGGUUACGAGGUGGACGUCGUCAUGACGGCGCCCCACUCGCACGGUUCGUUCGAGGCUUUCUGCGAGGCGGCGGGCAAGCCAGACGACUUCCUGUACAAGGACAGGUACCUUGGUACCAACGUACACCCGUACGAGACGGUCUUCAUGAAGGCAAACCGGGAGAUCGAUCCCAUGUUGCUGCAGCGCCUGACGGAGUGGCACCUCGACGCGAACAUGACAAGCUGGGAUGCGUGUGGCCGGUGA